UUUAUCGGUGGGAGCUGGGAGAAUUUUUUUUUAAUUUCCAGAACUGCUAACAAAUGUUUUCCCACUUUUUCUUGCUCCUGCUCGCCUGUAUUUACUCCGCUGGAAGCACGACUGCGAUCACGGUGACUGGGGCAUGUACGUCUGAUGAAGACUGUAUCUCAGCUCGCGGCGGUGGCUGCUGUGUUAGAUGGAACCCAGGAUCCGCAGUGUUUGUGUGUAAAGACAUGGGUCAGGAGAACGACCAGUGCCACGUGUCGGGGAACCUGCUGCCGUACCCGUUCCCGGGGAAGCGGGUGUACUGGCGAUGUCCCUGCGGGGAGGGGCUGACGUGCGCCCGGACAGACGGAGAGUCAGGUGGUGGAACGUGCCAGACCGCGGCCGAGCGGCGGUCAGUCCCCACGGAGAGGAAGCGCUGGCCGCUAGUGGAGAAAUAUCUACUCGACACGCAAGCGUCAGGACAGCACAAGGAACCACGGACUUCCGAAUGCAAAUGAUUGUACAACACGUUUAACAUCAAUUAAAAAAGUGUGAGAAAAAUUAGAAUACGCAAAUGACCAUGAGACAGUAAGGCAAUGUAUUGGAGAAUAAUAAUAAAAUUAUAAUCGGAGGGAAUAUGAAGUUAUGAAGUAUGUAUGGAACGCUUCAUAAUCACAUGUAUGAUAUGGGAUAAAGAGGUGACGCAAAGGCGUACCAAUGUAUACUGCUGCAUACACAAAAAAUGUAUAAAAAAAGG